AUGGAACAACCCACUGUGAAUGACAUCACCAAGGCCGCCUUCCUCUCUGGUUACCCCGCAGAAAAUUGGCUAGCCAUCGUGCAACAACUGAAACCACACGGCCCGUCCAAUCUACCCGCGUCUGAAAUUUGCGCGUCCAUAUUUAGUCUACUAGAAGCAUAUCCCCUAUCUCCCGUAUUGCUCCAGUACCUCUGCGUCGCCCUUGACUCUGAGAGCCCACAUCCAGUGCUUCCAAUUGGCAUCUACAUCUCAACCCUGAUUGCCUGGUCCCAAACUAUUCUCGCCUCACCCACUGAUCAGACGACCCAACUGCUUUCAGCCCUCUGCGCCAUCGCCGCACCUCGUGUCCAAAAGCCAUCCGCCAAUUUAACUCCCACACUACCUACCGCCCAGGGCUGCGUCUCGCUCGUGCAACAUGUCUCUCUCACCCACGAUGCUAUACUCACUUCAUCCGCUCUCGAUAUCCUACUCGCGAUUCUGAAAACUGUCGUCGCAUCUUCGCCGAAUCCUAACCUUUCUCCUUUUUUGGCUCUGAAUCUUGUUCCUGCGAUAAACGAUCUAUUGGAUGCAGGGGAGAUUGUCAGUCCGCAGCUGACGAAUUGGCUGUUCCAGCUUUCGGCUUUGACGACCGCGGACGGACACGGCCAUGGACAUGCGACGUCACGCGUACAACCACAGCAGGUGACAGACGAGCCGCCUCAACGGCCGGAACUGCUCGAGUUCACCAGGAACGGGCCGUUGUUCGAUGUGCUCGCCUAUCAAGUCACCUCGGUGCUCGCUUAUCCAGACUCGCAUCUCUCAGCCCUCCAGACUGUGUUCAAUAGCACACCCACCCCGGAUGCAUUCUUUUCUCAAUUAUACGCCUCCCUGAUCUCUGUGCUCGCUAAUGAGCCCGACGGGAACACGAGGACGAUCAUCUGCGCCGCGCUGUUCGGGUCGUUGCCCAAGCUCUUUUGUCAACUCGAGGCACCACAGAAUAAACUUAAGGAUGGCGUUCAAUCUGCUAUACACGGCUUGUUUACGCACUUUGGUGCUUUGCUCGAUAAAUGCGAUGUGACGGCACCGAUAACGCGUGUAUCGAGAGAAGACUCGAUGGAAGAGGAUGUUCCGGAAGAUGGAAGCAAGGGGAAGAACAUCCGUACAAUGCUGGUUCAGAGCCUUCAGAGCGUGUCGCUGCUCGAUUCGAAUUUCCCCUCUCUGCCCGGUCUGACGAUUGAGAAUUGGCCGGGACGGGGUAUCGGGCGGGUAUUCGCCGAAGCGGGCGAGAACGGACAGGACUUGGAGACCUAUCUAAAAUCAAGACUUCUAUCACUCGAAGUUCCCCAGUCGGAUAAACUCGAGUUGAUUGAUCGCGCGGUAGCGGAUCCCGAGACACAUGCCUGUCUAUGCACCGUUCUGCACAAGGGGUACACGAGCCUGACCACGUCUACGCAACACCUGUCCCCCGCAACACUCGAGUCCCUGGCUAAUCUAUCGAGACUUCUUUAUACACAUCCUACCGUUUUGGAUGUCGUCGGUUUGAGGGUCCCGCCAGCCGAGUUUGUCGCAGCUGGUUUAGCCUUUUUAGAAGACCUGGAAGGCGCGGGGGUCGGUGAUCCUCAAUCGGCGCUUGGUCAGUAUGGCGACGUAUUGCUAUUACUUCAGUUGUUGGUCACACGCUACGAGAUGUUUCAGCAAAAGAGCGGCACACUCAAACAUGGCGACCGCGUUCUUGAUGCAUCUUGCCUCACCUCGUCAUGGGCAGUGUACAAUUUGUCAGACCUGACCGAGCCGGAACGUACGCUCAUCAGCGACUGGGUCAAGGCUGCGUUUGAUUCGAAUAGUUUUGGGAUUGACGAUAAUGUCUUGAGGCAAGUUUUGCUCAAAUUGUCCGCCACGCUAUUCACAGAAGCUAUUCGGAAAUGUGCCGCAGAACCCGAGGGGGCUGGGAUGGAGAUCUUGCGCAACGGGGUGUCGUAUUUCGAGGGGCCCCUGUUGAACUGGACGCUCCGAGGCGUGAUCUGGGCUCUGGCCAACGAGGCUGAACGGCAUGGACAUGCUGCCCAAACGCACCUCGACGUUCUCCAGCUUUUGGUCUUGGCUAAUGGAUGCCCCGCGCCCGUCAUCGAAAUGACCCGCCAUCGUGUGCUGCGGCUGCUAGCAUCACCGUAUAUUCCCAAAGCAAAUAUUGACGUAAACGCCAUGCUGCGUGUUCUGCAUCCUUCAAACUCGGGUUCUGGUUCGGGCUCCACGAACACGACCGCCCCGCUCUACGCUUCGUCUUAUCUCAAUCUGGCAUUGCAGGCCUCGAUUGGUGGGACACCGAUACCUAACCCUGCAAGGAUCUUGGGCUUCACGAAUUCGUUGGAGCUGUUACGCGCGCCAGUACAACAAGGUUCAGACAGCGUCGCUCAUCGAAAUAUCCUCAUUGCUCUCUUGACACUGGCCCGACCACGAUUCGCGGGUAUCAAAUCCGUUCUUUCCGCGCUACGAAGCUUGGCGGGAACCAUGGAUCCCGAUUUCUUGGCCGGGGUCGUUGCGGGGUCGGUUAGUGUUUGGGUGGCCGCCCCGAUGGAGCGGGCGCUUGCGCGUGAAAAGGUGAAGAAGUUUGUGAAUGAGGGUGAAAAAGAAAAGGGACUGGAGGGGAUUGUGAAGAGAAUGCGAGCUGCUCUUCAGACAACGACAACCUGCAUUCUAGAUAUGGUUUCCAACGAGCAGAAGAUCGAUUCAGUUGGGGGAUCCCCGGUAUCCGUUAGUGACAUGUCAUUGAUUUCAGAUGUCGAGUCCGUUUUGUCGUUGGAAAACAACAAGCGGUUUUCGAUGAUCAGUAGUACUACCUUCAAUGACAUGGAGAACACCCCAGUCCCCGUUGCUCCUAUAGAUUUUCCGGGGACCCCAAUUGAAAAGCAGCUGCCUGUUCACCCAGAUUUCGCGUAUGAGGAUGGAAAUAUCGAGUUCCAGACAUCGGAAAAUGUAUUCUGGGUACAUGAGUUUCAACUCAGGAAAUUCUCCGUUCUUGCCGGGCGCAUUGACGAGGCAAGGGAGAAAGGAACGACUUCAAGCGCCGGUCGCCUCCGGAUUCGUACUUCGAGGAGUAGUUACAACUUUAGUGGUACCUUUCGUAUCCUUUAUUCGUGUGUCGUGGCACCCAAGUUCAACUCGGACACACUGAUAAAUGCUCUAAGGAUCGGGACACGUUAUGGAUGUCCUGAUAUGCGGAAUUUUGCGAUAACCCAAUUGGAGAGCAGGUUCCAGUCGCCUCCAAUCGACCGCAUUAAGCUUUCAGACGAAUUCAAUAUUCCUAAUUGGGCCAUACCAGCGUUUAUUGAACUGUGUCAACGCACAGAGCCCAUCUCCCAAAGGGAAGCAAGAAUACUGGGAGCUGAACGUCUUGUCGAGGUUUCGCGCAUACGAGAAGCAGAGCAGCGAAGGAAAUUUAUUCAGCUUGUCGACAAGUCUAUGGGGCCUUGUGGGGUAUUUGAGGCGGGCCAAAUGACCGACGACAAACUCCGAGAUGAUGCCAGUGAGAUAUUUGUGAUCGUUGAGUACACUCUCAGAUAUUCUUCACCUCCCAAGUGUGAUUGUCGAGUCCAACGCACAUGUGACGAUACAGACUUGAACAAUCGCCCUGCCAACCCAAAUGCAUUUACCUCAAACAACAGACAUUCAAUAUCAGACCCACUCAACCUUGGCUCUUUGCACGCGCGGUCGGGAGAUGCAAAUGGUUCAAGGUAUUCUGUGGUUCCAUGCCAAAUCCACAUGAUUGCCCCCCGUAUUAUCACGGAGAGCCUAGCGUUGUUCAAACGGUGUGGCGGCCUCACAAGACAACUUGGAGAUCUGAAGGUAGCAGUAUCCAACGGAGCUCCUCAAGGUGCCAAACAAUUUUCAGUCGAGGAUGAAAUUCAGCGUGCGACUUGGAUUCGAAAGACCACUUGA